AUGUUUGACGACACAGACUAUAAUAUGUUCAAUAUGUUCCUCAAUGAUGGACAGCACACUGUUGAGACGGCCAAGACUCUGGCCGAGCUCUCACAGCAGUUGGGCAGGAAGCGUGAUGACCGUCCCGUUGUCAUGCUGCUCAUCCACUGCUCGGCCAACACCGUGUUGGAGGAUGUCCAGAUGUGUCUGAGCGAGAUUAGAGACACCAAACACUCUGCUGCAUUCAUCGUCGUCUACAUGGAGGGCACACGCUACAAAGACAACUCACGCUUCUCCAUCGAGGCAUCCAAGUUGAUGCAGUCCGGCGCAUCAAUGGUCUCAGAAAAUAUGCAAGAUGUACUUGGUAUUGUUGCCGUGAUGAGAAGAUCAAUGAUGAGGAAUGGUAGAUACUCAUGUUCACUCUGUAGACAUGGUGGUCUAGCCACACACCUAAAUAGACAAGACAUGCGCGACCAUAUAUUCCUGUUCCAUCCAUCCGAGGAUGCUGACUCAUUGACACAUAAAAUGCCCAAAUGCCCAAUCUGCAAGCAGAACCCUCAUAAGAUGGGAUCGCAUCUGUAUAGAGAGCAUGGACCUGAUGGAUCACUGACUAAUGAGUUGGUGGAGGAUAAGCAAAGCUUUGUAUAUCCAUUCUGUUUGGUGGUUGUGCGUAGAAAGAAGGACGGCAAGUUCUUGUUGGUGAACGAGAUUGGCAAGAUGGGUUGGUGGCUACCAGGAGGCAAGGUCCUGUUGGGCGAGUCCAUCCAGACGGCCGCUAUCCGCGAGACCAAACAAGAGACCGGCAUCGACAUUGAGGUCAAGGGCAUGCUGCGCAUGGAGUACUCGCCACACACCAAGUUCUCCAGGAUGCGUCUGAUCCUCUACGCAGAGCCAAUCAACGACGACCAGCUGCCCAAGUCCAUCCCAGACUUUGAGUCGAUUGGCGCCGCUUACGUCACACUCUCCGAGCUGAAUCACAUCCACCUGCGAGGCAAGGAGCCCAAGCUCUGGUUCAACUACGUCAACAGGGGCGGCGCAAUCUUCCCCAUCGACAUGCUGACCGUCGAGAACUCCAAGCCCAGCUCCGAUCUAUACAGUGGCAAGUCCGGCAUCAAGUCCAGUGCAGGUACCGUUAGCAGUGGCAGUGGAAGCAGCACCAACGUCAGCAGCGGCGGCAGCAGUAGCAGCAGCAGCAACAAACAACAAAGAAAGAGCACUAACAAUAUUACACAAGAGGUGAAUCAGAUGGUCAUCACCAGCAAUCAGUAG